AGGCAGCUUGUUAUUGUCAGCUUAAUGGUGAUUCACGAACUUUCGUUAGUCUGGCUAUAUAAUACAGCAGACGCAACAGUGGUGAAACAACAAAAAAAUAUCAAAUCAAAACAAGCGGAAUUAUUACAGAAAAAUGAAGAUGUUCUUUAUUUUACUAGUAGGCCUACAGCUUUUUGCCGUAAAGGCCCAAGUUUCAGGCGAUUUUGAACUUGGUGACUACAAAGGGGCAUUGAUUGGUGAUCUGGUGACUCGAUCCAAUGACGUGACAGGGACUCUUUAUGCACUUGGGCCAAACUUACUCUACCUUGACAACUUUAACUUCGAUGGCGCGAAUGGAUUUUCUUUCUUCUACAUUGGCUGCCGUCGGGUUGGGACGGAGCCCAAUAAAGAAGGAAUUCAACUACACCAUUCCAAACAAAAUGAUUUCAUGCCUGUGGGGACUGCAGUUAACCAAGGUCUUCUGAUUCCAUUUCCGUUCAGGAAACACAUAUCUGUUGACCACUUUGGAUGGUUCUCUCUUUGGGACGAACAGAAUGAGGUCAGUCUUGCGGAUAUCUCAAUACCUGAAGACUUUGAAGAGCCACGUCCAUAUGUUUUAUCAACUGCUGCCUUCACGUCUGAAGACGCUCAGGUGAACGCCGCCCAAAUCAUCUUGCGCACUGCGAGGAUCGUCACUAUUCAGAGCUUUACAUUUGACGGCACUGGCCUUGAUGCCAACUUCUAUGCUGGAACCGGAGAUAGUUUAACUGCUACCAAUGGAGAAUUGGUGACUGUCGAGGAAGAAAACGACAGCACACUUGGCAACUACGAAAGAGCAAGAGUGACACUUCGACUUCCAGAGGAUCUGACUCUACUGGAUGCCGAUUGGAUCAUCGUGACAUGUCCCCAAUGUACAAAGCCAUUUGCCCAAAUUGAGCUACCGGGUUAUCGCAACCUCCCUGCUGACGUAGAGAUCUUUUAAAUUAAAUGACGACUUCGACAUCCCCUUUAGAGCUUGCAUAUGUAACGGCUAUUAAAGCCUGAGUUUUCCCGAUUUUAUUUUUGUAUCUUUUCAAUUUAUGCAAUAAAAUUU